AUGGUGGUAACAGCAGCUUACAUCUCCAAAGCUCUUUCAUCAUCAUCAUCCAACCUCAAAGACCUUCGCCGAAUCCACGCCCUCGUCAUCUCUCUAGGCCUCGAACGCUCGGACUUCUUCUCCGGCAAGCUCAUCGACAAGUACUCCCACCUCCGGGAGCCCCACUCCUCCCUCUCCGUCUUCAAAAGACUUUCUCCGGCGAAGAAUGUCUACCUCUGGAACUCGAUCAUCAGAGCGCUUUCUCGGAACGGUUUGUUCUCCAAAGCUCUCGACUUUUACGGGAAGCUCCGCGAAUCCGAGGUUUCGCCUGAUAAGUACACGUUCCCUCCCGUCGUCAGAGCCUGCGCGGGGCUGUUCGAUAAGGAGAUGGGAGAUUCGGUUUACGAACGGAUAAUCGAAUUGGGUUUUGGGUCUGAUUUGUAUGUUGGCAAUGCGGUUGUGGAUAUGUACUCGAGGAUGGGGUUGUUGGGCAGAGCACGGAAGGUGUUCGACGAAAUGCCUGUGAGAGAUCUCGUUUCGUGGAACAGUUUGAUCUCCGGGUUUAGCUCUCAUGGUUACUACGAGGAAGCUGUGGAGCUCUAUCGUGAACUGAGAAGUUAUUCGAUUGCGCCGGAUUCGUUUACGGUGACUAGUGUUCUGUCUGCGUUUGGGAAUCUGCUGGUUGUUAAAGAAGGACAGGGGCUUCAUGGUUUUGUUGUGAAGUCUGGUGUUGGUUCCGUCGUGGUGGUUAACAAUGGGCUGCUCUCGAUGUACUUGAAACUAAGCAGACCAAAGGAUGCGAGACGAGUUUUUGAUGGGAUGGUUGUGCGAGAUUCCGUCAGUUAUAAUACUAUGAUCUGUGGGUACUUCAACUUAGAGAUGUAUGAAGAAUCUGUGCGGAUGUUUUCGGAGGAUUUGGAUCAGUUCAAGGCGGAUAUCUUAACGGUUAGUUCUAUUCUCCGUGCAUGUGGACACUUGGGAGACUUAAGCUUAGUUAAGUACGUUCAUGAAUACAUGAUAAGAGGUGGAUUUUUGUUUGGAACUACUGUGGGUAACAUUCUGAUCGAUGUGUACGCAAAGUGUGGUGAUGUGAUGGCGGCAAGAGAUGUGUUCAAGAGCAUGGAAUGUAAGGAUACUGUUUCGUGGAACUCGAUAAUCAAUGGGUAUAUACAAAGCGGAGAUCUUUUGGAAGCUAUGAGACUCUUUAAGAUGAUGAUGAUGAUGGACGAGCAAGCGGAUCAUGUCACUUACUUGAUGCUUUUAUCUGUCUCCACUCGUUUAUCAGACUUGAAAUUUGGCAGAGGGCUACACUCCAACGCGACAAAAUCUAGUAUUUGUUCAGAUGUUUCUGUUAGUAAUGCUCUGAUUGAUAUGUAUGCUAAGUGCGGAGGAGGAGAUUCUCUGCAGAUAUUUAAUAGCAUGGAAACUCGAGAUACAGUAACAUGGAACAUGGUUAUUUCAGCGUGUGUUCGUUCUGGAGAUUUCGCAACUGGUUUGCAGGUAACUACACAGAUGAGGAAUAGUGGAAUGGUGCCUGAUAUGGCUACUUUCUUAGUUAUAUUGACAAUGUGUGCUUCACUUGCUGCUAAACGACUAGGCAAGGAGAUCCACUGUUGUCUGUUAAGGUUUGGGUAUGAAUCAGAGUUGCCAAUAGGGAAUGCACUGAUUGAAAUGUACUCAAAAUGUGGUUGUUUAAAGAGUUCCUUAAAAGUCUUCGAACAUAUGAGUAGAAGAGACGUUGUGACAUGGACAGGGAUGAUCUACGCAUACGGAAUGUACGGCGAAGGAGAGAAUGCUCUUGCAGCUUUCGCGGAUAUGGAAAAAGCCGGUGUUGUUCCGGAUGAUGUUGUCUUCAUUGCCAUCAUCUACGCUUGCAGCCACUCUGGUUUGGUGGAAGAAGGGUUGGCUUGCUUCGAGAAAAUGAAAACUCAGUACAAGAUCGAACCGGUGAUGGAACACUACGCUUGUGUGGUGGAUUUGUUGUCAAGGUCUCAGAAGAUUUCGAAAGCCGAGGAGUUUAUUCAAGCGAUGCCGGUAAAACCUGAUGCUAGUGUAUGGGCAUCUCUGCUACGAGCUUGUAGAACAAGCGGGGACAUGGAGACUGCGGAAAGAGUGUCUAAGAAGAUCGUUGAACUGAACCCGGAUGAUCCAGGCUACUCGAUUCUAGCGUCAAAUGCGUAUGCAGCGUUGAGAAAGUGGGACAAAGUGAGCCUAAUCCGAAAAUCCCUUAAAGAUAAAGAAAGAAAGAAGAACCCUGGAUAUAGCUGGAUUGAAGUGAGUAAAAAAGUUCAUGUGUUCAGUGCAGGAGAUGUUUCAGCUCCUCAGUUCGAAGCCAUACACGAGUCAUUGGAGAUGCUUUACAGUCUGAUGGCUAAAGAAGGGUAUGUUCCUGAUCCACGGGGCGUGUCGCAGAAUCUAGAGGAAGAGGAAGAGAAGAGACGUUUAGUAUGUGGUCACAGUGAGAGGCUAGCGAUUGCGUUUGGACUGUUGAACACAGAACCAGGGACUCCACUGCAAGUGAUGAAGAACCUUCGUGUCUGUGGUGACUGUCAUGAAGUCACGAAGCUGAUAUCGAAGAUUGUAGGACGUGAGAUAUUAGUUAGGGAUGCUAAUCGGUUCCAUCUCUUCAAAGACGGGACUUGUAGCUGCAAUGAUCGGUGGUGAAUAGUUCUUUUUACAGAUGGAGAGUUUCCAUUGGAGAUUAAAUGUAGAAUCAGUCUAUAAACAAAGGAUAACAUAAGCAAUAGCGUUUUCAAAUGAAGAUACAUCAGAGUCAAAUCAAUCAUAUGUUUUUGCACCAAAAACUUUGUUACUAGAAAUCUUUUAAAAUACUUUCUCAGCUGAUUAUUUUGAGCAAAAGGAAACAGUAUUUCUUUGUGGCAUUGUAUUCUCUUUUUUUUUUGAAACACAGCUUAUAUUAAUGCAAAGCAGUUUAGUUA